AUGUACAGUGUAAGUAAGAGGCUGAAAAGUUUAUUUAUAAUUCACUCCUUCCUUACCCCCUCGCCCCCCGCCUCGCCCGCCCCUCGCCCCUCGCCCCCCCGCCCCUCACUCCCUCGACCCUCGCCCCUCGCCCCCCCCACCCCCUCGCCCCGCCCCCCGCCCAUCGCCCGCCCCAGCCCAUCGCCCCUCGCCCCCGCCCCUCGCCCCUGCCCUAGCCCCUCGCCCCUCGCCCCCUCGCCCCCGCCCCUCGCCCCUUCGCCCUUCGCCCCUCGCCCUCGCCCAUCGCCCCCCCCCGCCCUGCGCCCCUCACCCCCUCGCCCCUGCGCCCCCGCCUUCGCCCAUCGCCCCUCGCCCCCUCGCCCAACGCCCCCGCCCCUGCCCUCGCCCAUCGCCCCUCGCCCCUCACCCAUCGCCCCCCCGCCCAUCACCCUCGCCCCCGCCCUCGCCCAUCACCCUCACCCAUCGCCCCCGCCCAUCACCCCUCGCCCCUCACCCUCGCCCAUCGCCCCUGCGCCCUGCCCCUCGCCCCUCGCCCCUCGCCCCUCGCCCCUCGCCCCCGCCCAUCGCCCCCGCCCCGCCCCGCCCUCGCCCCUCGCCCAUCGCCCCUGCGCCCUCGCCCCCUCGCCCCUGCGCCCCUCGCCCCUCGCCCCUCGCCCCCCCCUCGCCCCUCGCCCCGCCCUCGCCCCCGCCCCUCGCCCCCCCGCCCAUCACCCCUCACCCCUCGCCCCUCGCCCGCCCCUACUUCGCCCAUCACCCCUCGCCCCUCACCUCACCCACGCCCCCCCGCCCAUCACCCCUCGCCCAUCACCCCUACGCCCCUCACCCUUCGCCCAUCACCCCUCGCCCCUCACCCCGCCCCCCGCCCAUCGCCCCUCGCCCAUCACCCCUCGCCCCCUCCCUCGCCCCCGCCCCAUCGCCCAUUGCCCUAGCCCCUCGCCCAUCACCCUGCCCCUCGCCCCCCGCCCCUCACCCCCUGCCCGCCCCUGCCCCCCUUCCCCUCGCCCAUCGCCCCUCGCCCCUCGCCCUCGCCCUCGCCCUCGCCCCCCCCUCGCCCUCGCCCUCGCCCCUCGCCCCAUCACCCUCGCCCCUCGCCAUCGCCCUCGCCCUCGCCCUAGCCCCUGCGCCCCUAGCCCCCCCGCCCAUCGCCCCUCGCCCAUCGCCCCUCGCCCCUCACCCCUCGCCCCUACUUCAUCGCCCUGCGCCCUCGCCCCUCGCCCCUUGCCCCCCGCCCAUCGCCCCUCGCCCCCUGCCCAUCGCCCCCCGCCCAUCCCCUCGCCCAUCGCCCCUCGCCCCUGCGCCCAUCACCCCUCGCCCGCCCCUCGCCCCUCGCCCAUUGCCCCUCGCCCCCCGCCCCUCACCCCCCGCCCCUCGCCCCCGCCCAUCGCCCUCGCCCCUCGCCCUCGCCCCUCGCCCCUCACCCCUCGCCCCUCGCCCCCCCGCCCCUCGCCCGCCCUCGCCCCUCGCGCCCCCGCCCCCGCCCAUAGCCUAAGCCCCUCGCCCAUCGCCCCUCGCCCAUCGCCCCUCGCCCCUCACCCUCGCCCCUGCGCCCCUCACCCGCCCCUCGCCCCUUCGCCCCCCCGCCCCUCGCCCAUCGCCCCUCGCCCCCGCCCAUCACCCCUCGCCCGCAUCGCCCCUCACCCCUCGCCCCUCGCCCCUUGCCCCCCCGCCCAUCACCCCUGCCCCCUCACCCAUCGCCCCCGCCCAUCACCCCUCGCCCAUCACCCCUCGCCCCUCACCCCCGCCCAUCACCCCUCGCCCCUCACCUUGCCCCCCAUCACCCGCCCCCCCGCCCCUCACCCCGCGCCCCUCACCCCUUGCCCCUGCCCUUCGCCCCUGCGCCCCUCACCCCUCGCCCUCGCCCCCGCCCCUGCCGCCCCCUCGCCCCUCACCCUUCGCCCCCUCGCCCCUCGCCCCCCCGCCCAUCGCCCCCUCGCCCUCGCCCUCACCCUCGCCCCUCACCCAUCGCCCCCGCCCCUCACCCUCGCCCCUCGCCCAUCACCCUCGCCCCGCCCCUGCGCCCUCACCCAUCGCCCCUCGCCCCAUCACCCUCGCCCCCCUCGCCCCCUGCCCCUCGCCCCUCACCCCCUCGCCCUCACCCCCUGCCCCUCGCCCCCGCCCCUCGCCCCUCGCCCCUCGCCCCUCGCCCCUCGCCCAUCCCCUUUCGCCCAUCGCCCUCGCCCCUCGCCCUCGCCCCUCGCCCCUCGCCCAUCACCCUCGCCCCUCACCCAUCGCCCCCCCGCCCAUCACCCUCGCCCCUUGCCCCUCACCCAUCGCCCUCGCCCCUCGCCCUCACCCAUCGCCCCUCGCCCAUCACCCCUCGCCCAUCGCCCUGCGCCCUGCGCCCCUCGCCCUCGCCUCGCCCCUCGCCCUUCGCCCUCGCCCCCGCCCUCGCCCUCGCCCCUCACCCUCGCCGCUCGCCCCUCGCCCCUUGCCCUGCAAGUGUAA